AUUAAAUAAUUGUAAAUUGUUAAUAAAUAAUUGUUUAAGAUGCGUAAAAAAUUGCCCGAAACAAUAAAUUUUGCAAAAGAAGAAGAAAAAAUUGCAGAGUUUUGGAAAGAGGAGAAAGUGUUUAAAAAUACUUUGGAACAAUCAAAAGGACGUCCAAGAUAUUCAUUUUUUGAUGGUCCACCUUUUGCAACAGGUUUACCUCACUAUGGUCAUAUAUUAGCUGGUACAAUUAAAGAUGUUGUAACAAGAUAUGCACAUCAAAAUGGUUUUCAUUGUGAGCGUCGUUUUGGCUGGGACACACAUGGUUUACCAGUUGAAUUUGAAGUUGAUAAAACACUUGGUAUUAAAGGUCCAGAGGAUGUUGCGAAAAUGGGUAUUGCAAAUUACAACAAAGAAUGUCGUAGUAUUGUUAUGCGUUAUGCUGGUGAAUGGGAAAGAGUCAUUGGUCGUAUGGGAAGAUGGAUUGAUUUUGAAAAUGAUUAUAAGACUCUUUAUCCAUGGUACAUGGAAUCCAUAUGGUGGGUUUUUAAAGAACUAUUUAAUAAAGGUUUAGUUUAUCAAGGUGUUAAAGUUAUGCCAUAUUCAACUGGUUGUAAUACACCAUUAUCAAAUUUUGAAUCUGGACAAAAUUAUAAAGAAGUACUUGAUCCAUCAGUCAUUGUUGCUUUUGUUCUUGUUGAUGAAUCAACAAAAAAAGAACAUAAAAAUGAGGAUGUAGCAGUACUUGCAUGGACAACAACACCAUGGACAUUACCAAGUAAUCUUGCACUUUGUUGUAAUCCAAAUUUUGAAUAUGUUAAAAUACGUGAUAAAGUUACUAAAAAAAUAUAUAUAUUAUUGGAAGUUGCACUUGAACGUGUUUAUAAAACAGCUGAUCUUUAUGAUAUUAUUGGUAAAAUAAAAGGUUCUGAAUUAAAAGGAAAAACAUAUCAGCCACCAUUUAAUUAUUUUGAAAAUUUACGUUCAAAGGGAGCAUUUAAAAUUCUAAAUGAUACAUAUGUUACUGCUGAAACUGGUACAGGUAUUGUUCAUCAAGCACCAUACUUUGGUGAAGAUGAUUAUCGUUGUUGUCUUGAAGCUGGUAUUAUAACUAAAGAUCAAGAACCAAUUUGUCCAGUUGAUUCAACUGGUAAAUUUACAUCAGAAGUUAAAGAUUUUGUUGGUAUGUAUGUGAAAGAUGCUGACAAAGAAAUUGUAAAACAUCUUACAAAUAAUGGCAAGUGUAUCAAGUACUCUAAUCAUUCACAUUCAUAUCCAUUUUGCUGGAGAUCUGAUACACCACUUAUUUACAAAGCAGUACCAUCAUGGUUUGUUAAAGUUGAAAGUUUUAAAGAUAAAUUACUUGAGGCAAAUUCAACGACAUACUGGGUACCAGAUUAUGUUAAGGAAAAAAGAUUUGGUAAUUGGUUAAGAGAUGCAAGAGAUUGGGCAAUAAGUAGAAAUCGUUAUUGGGGUAAUCCAAUACCAUUGUGGAUAUCACAAGAUCGUAAAGAAAUUAUUUGUGUUGGUAGUAUUGCUGAGCUCGAAAAAUUAACUGGUAAAAAAAUAACUGACAUUCAUCGUGAGAGUAUUGAUGAUUUAGAAAUACCAUCAAAACGUCCUGGUUUUCCACCAUUAAAAAGAGUACCAGAAGUAUUUGAUUGUUGGUUUGAAUCUGGUUCAAUGCCUUACGCACAAGCACAUUAUCCAUUUGAAAAUGUUGAAAAAUUUGAAGAAUCAUUUCCAGCUGAUUUUAUUGCUGAGGGUAUUGAUCAAACAAGAGGAUGGUUUUAUACACUAUUAGUUAUUGGUACAGCAUUAUUUAAUAAAGCACCAUUUAAAAAUCUUGUUUGCAAUGGACUUGUACUUGCAACUGAUGGACAAAAAAUGUCUAAAAGUAAAAAAAAUUAUCCAGAUCCAAUGGAAGUUAUUAAUCGUUUUGGUGCUGAUGCAUUGAGAUUGUAUUUAAUAAAUUCACCAGUUGUAAGAGCUGAAAAUUUACGUUUUAAAGAAGAAGGUGUAAGAGAUGUUAUUAAAGAUGUGUUUUUACCAUGGUACAAUGCAUUUAGAUUUUUAAAACAAAAUAUUGAUAGAUUCGAGGCUGAUACAUCAAUUGAAUUUGUGUAUAAAGACCCAUCAAAUGAUGAUAAACUUAUUAACAGUGAUGAUAUGAAUAUUAUGGACAAAUGGAUUUUGUCAUUUACCCAAAGUCUUUUGGAAUUUUUGAAGAAUGAAAUGAGUGCUUAUCGUUUAUACACAGUUGUACCAAGAUUAAUUAAAUACAUUGAUAAUUUAACCAAUUGGUAUGUAAGAAUGAAUAGAAAACGUCUCAAGGGUGAUUCUGGAACUGAUGAUUGCCAACGUGCAUUAAAUACUCUAUUUUGUGUUAUUUAUACAAUGGUACGUAUUAAUGCACCAUUUACACCAUUUUUAAGUGAAUUUAUGUAUCAAAGAAUGUUUUCAUUAUUACCAAAAACAAAUGAAAAGUAUCAAGAAAGUGUACAUUAUAAAAUGGUACCAAAACCAUUGAAGCAUUUAAUUGAUGAAAAAAUUGAACGUGCUGUAUCACAUAUGCAAACAGUUAUUGAACUUGGAAGAAUAGCAAGAGAUAGAAAAACAAUACCAGUUAAAUAUCCAUUACCAGAAAUUGUUGUUAUACAUCAAGAUCCACAAAUUCUCAAUGAAAUUGUUAAUUUAAAAUCUUAUAUACUUGAAGAGCUAAAUGUCAAAGAAUUAACAGUUACAACUGAUAAAGAAAAAUAUGGUGUACAAUUAAGAGCUGAGCCUGAUCAUAAAACACUUGGUUUUCGUCUUAAAGGUGAAUUUAAAGCUAUUAUUAAAUCAAUUAAAGAAUUAUCUGAUGAACAAAUACAAGAAUUUUUAAUUAAAAAAGAAAUUAUUGUUAAUGGACAUAAACUUGGUGAUGAAGAUUUAAGAUUAAUGUUUAGUUUUAAUGGUCCAGCUGCUCAAGAGCUGUCUAAAAAAUAUGAAACACAUUCAGAAGGAAAUAUAUUGAUAUUGUUGGAUAUAACACCUGAUGAAUCAAUGCAAAAUGAAGGUAUUGCAAGAGAAGUUAUUAAUCGUGUACAAAAAUUAAGAAAAAAAGCACAACUUUUGCCAUCUGAUGAUGCUUGUGUUUAUUAUGAUAUUGUUGAUAAAUCAAGCUCAUUAGCCAAGUUAAUUGUUGACUAUAAAGAUUUCAUUGAAUCAACAACAAAAACACCACAAGAAGAUAUUGCUAAAUUUAAUAAAAAUGACAAUGUUAUCAUUGAAGAACUCAACAAGAUUAAAGGAGUUGAUAUUAAAUUAAUGUUGGUUAAUAAAAAACAAGCAGUUCUUAAAGAUCAAAUUGUACCAGGUUCUAAAUAUGUCAAUGUAAAAUUAGAUGGACUUGAAUCAAGAUACAAUGAUCAUGGUAAUACUGAGGCAAUUAUUUUACUUGAACAUCCAGUGACUAAAAAGCCAAUAUCUUUUGAAAUAUUAAACCAAGAAAUUAAUAUUUUAUUUGGACUUUAUGGCAGACGUUUUGAUAUUUAUUUGGACAAUAAAAAAAUCACUGGAGCUAUUAAUUGCCAAGAGUUGAAUGAAAAAUUGGUCAUCAUUCGUAAAUCAGGUUAAAAAUUUAAAUUCAUUUUUUUUUUAUUCAACUAUCAACAAGCUAUUUUCAAUCGGUAAUUUUUAUUAUUUUGUUU